AUCGUGUCUUAUCAUUAUCAAGGUGGACGAUAUGAAGGAACUGGUUAUGAGCAAAGUUACGAACGUUUACAGUGAGUCUCAAAACCCUACGAACACACCGCUCCACUUUGCUGUUAUGAAAUGCGAGAUAGAAACUGUAAAAAGGAUCAUCAAAACAGGUGCUCACGUGAAUGCUACAAAUAUAUAUGGAGAAACGGCACUGCACCUAGCCAUUCAGGAGAGACACGAAGAUAUCGUACAAAAACUCGUAGAACAUGGUGCCGAUGUCAAUUUAAAAACUCGGCGAGACGAGACACCGCUUCAGUCUGCAUUGCGACAACGACGGGAAGAAAUUUGCAAGUCGUUAAUCGAGAGAGGAGCUGACGUGAAUGCCAAAGAUAAUGAUGGAAAAACGGCACUGCACCUAGCCAUUGAGGAAACACAAAUAGAUAUCGUACAAAUCCUCGUAGAUCAGGGUGCAGAUGUCAAUUUGAAAGGUCCGUGGGACGAGACACCGCUCCAUUUUGCAGUGCUAGAAGGAGUAGAAGAAAUUUGCAAGUUGUUAAUCGAGAGAGGAGCUGACGUGAAUGCCAAAGAUAAUGGUGGAAAAACGGCACUGAAACUAUAA